UUCCACCAAAGAUCUCCAAUAUCUCCUCGGACAUUACCGUGAAUGAGGGUAGCAACGUGACCCUGGUUUGCAUGGCAAAUGGGCGUCCUGAGCCUGUCAUCACCUGGAGGCACCUCACCCCAACAGGCAGAGAAUUUGAAGGUGAGGAAGAGUACCUGGAGAUCCUAGGAAUCACACGAGAGCAAUCGGGCAAGUACGAAUGCAAAGCUGCCAAUGAGGUUGCUUCAGCAGAUGUCAAGCAAGUCCGGGUCACUGUGAACUACCCUCCUACUAUCACAGAGUCCAAGAGCAACGAAGCGGCCACAGGACGACAAGCCUUACUCCGGUGCGAGGCGUCAGCAGUGCCCACACCUGAUUUUGAGUGGUACAGAGAUGACACCAGGAUAAACAGCGCCAACGGGCUGGAGAUAAAGAGCACGGGGAGCCAGUCUCUGCUGAUGGUGGCCAACGUCACUGAAGAACACUAUGGGAACUACACCUGCGUGGCUGCCAACAAGCUGGGAGUCACAAAUGCCAGUCUAUACCUUUACAAACGAGUUUUACCCACACUCCCCAAUCCUUUUCCAGGACCCGGCACGGGGAGAGUAGACAGCGGCUCCGUGAGCUUGGCCGUCCCACUGUGGCUGCUGGCAGCAUCCCUGCUCUGCCUACUCAGCAAAUGUUAAUACAGAUCAGAAUUUAAAAUAAUAAUAAUAAUAAUAAUAAUUAAAAAAA